UGGUAUCUUUUCUGAUGAAAUCAUUGCAAAUUCUCUGUAUCAGAAAGCGAAGAAAAGAAAACUGUUCAAUUGUUGGGGGCAGGGAGAUUAAUCCUCCCCCUUCAUUUUCGGAGGAGGAGGAAUCGGAGAAAAUCUAGCCCUUUUUUUUCUUCGCCAUUUCAACCCAAAGUAAGAAUCAUUUGUUCAAUCCCCUUUCGUUUUCCCCCCCAAUUUGAUGCUGUUUCUGUUUGGAUGCUGGGAAAAUUCGAAAGGGAAAAGUUAUUGGAAGUUUCUGACGGCCGGAUGGAUUUGAGUGGGCCCUAAUUGAUCGCGAGCCCUGUCUCUCGGAAUCCCAACACGAUCUCGGGAAUUUAUGAACACGAGAUCCAUAAAACCAAUACUUUUGUUGAAGUUGUGAGAUGCAUGGAUCCCAUUAUUAAGUUAACUUUGCUUCUGUUGUUCUUCAGAAUAGCAUGUGCUUCAACCGUCGAAAAAAAUUUUGAACACUGUGAAACGGUUGUAAAAAAUUGGGCAUCAUCUGCUCUUCAUCAGGGUAUCAACAAAGAUAAACAUACACUACAAGAUUUACUGUUCUUUCUCCAUGUUCCAAGAACAGGAGGGCGAUCGUAUUACCACUGUUUCUUGAAAAAGUUGUACCCAAGCUCUCAGGAGUGUCCCCGUUCUUAUGAUAAGUUACGUUUUGACCCCAGAAAGGAGAAAUGCAGAUUGUUGGCUACUCAUGAUGAUUAUAGCAUGAUGGAAAAACUACCGAAGGAGAGGACGUCGGUGGUGACAAUUGUUCGGAAUCCAGUUGACCGUGUUUUUAGUUCAUAUGAAUUUUCAGUUGAGGUAGCAGCUAGAUUUUUGGUGCAUCCUGAUCUAGCUUCUGCAACAAAAAUGUCCAAACGUCUGCGUGCAAAGAAGGCUGGAGUGAGCACACUGGAUAUUUGGCCGUGGAAAUAUUUGGUUCCGUGGAUGAGGGCCGACCUAUUUGCUCGAAGACAUGCUAGAAGACAGGAAGGUUCAAGUGAAGAUAAGAUUGACAGUCCAUAUGAUAUGAAGGAUAUUCUUAUGCCACUGCAGGAGUUUAUUGAUGACCCCAUUGUUCAUGAUAUUGUUCAUAAUGGGGCUACAUUCCAGAUAGCAGGAUUGACAAACAACUCCUACCUAGAUGAAUCACACGAGAUCCGGCACUGUGUACGGGAAUAUAAGAGCCUUGGUCAACACGUGCUUCGUGUAGCAAAGAUGAGGUUGGAUGCUAUGUUAUAUGUUGGUCUAACUGCGGAACAUAAGGAAUCUGCGACGAUGUUUGCAAAUGUGGUCGGUUCACAGGUGAUUUCACAGCUAAGAGACGCCAACUUUAGCACGGGCACUUUAGCUGACAAUCAAUCAGGUAAUAGUAGCUCUUUGCAUUUAGACUCUGAGCUUGAGAGCAAUGUUGAUCAGAACAAUAGUACCUUAGAUGAAAAGGCUUUGCAAGAUGAAGAUGAAGCAAAGAGGAAAAAUAUGACUGUCACAGAACUUAUUGAAGUAUAUGAAGGGUGCAUUUCGAGUCUACUAAAGACCCAAUCUCGUCGUCGAUUUGCUUCUUUAAAGCGGAUUUCCCCUGCAAAUUUCUCAAAAGAGGCACGGCGUCAUGUUUCUGAUGCAGUUCUGCAGGAGAUUAGAACACUCAAUUAUCUGGAUGUGGAUCUUUUUAAGUAUGCUCAAGAAAUUUUUGCAAUGAGACACGUACAACUAAUGGGGAAUCUUGAUAUGAAAGACGGUUCAGAAACCAAACUUGACCGAGCACGAGCCUUCGAGCUAUGGAGAAUUCCUUUGUUAGUAAUGCUUUUUAUCUUACUCCUUGUUCUCUUCCUACUUGCUAAUGCUCGGAGAAGAGUAUCUAAAGUUAAGGUAUGAUUGACGAUUUAAUUUAUCUUUGAAGCGGGAAAGCGAGCUUUUGAAUCUCAGCAUCUUCUUGUAUUUUAAUUGAACUAAUAAUUUUGAUCUUCAAUCCUGUUGGAUGAAUUAUUUAUGUUUUCGCUUUGCCUACUUGAUCAUCGUGGCUUGAAAGGCUGAAACUUUGAAGGAUUUGUGUUAGGAUAUGCCUCCCAUAAGAGGAAGCUAUCUCUUUUGAUCAUGCUUCUAUUGCAAGAACUUCAAUUUUGUGUAA